GAGAUGGCGGCUGCGCUGCGCCGGCUGCCCGCGUUCAGCGGCCCCGUCACCGGAGCCCGGCUCAGCCCCGCGCUGCGGGCGACGGCAGUGCGGGGCUUGGCGCAGUGUUCCCCGGAGGGCAGCCGCGCCCCACAGCCGGCGACGACCGGUUGGCAGCUGUGCGGCGCCGUGUGCCUGCAGCGGGCCGCCGUGGUGUCGCGGGCGAUGAAUCCGACGGAGAGCGCGUUCGCGCGGCUGCUGCAGCAGAUGGAGCUGGAGAAAAGCCUCUAUUCUGACCAUGAGCUUCGAGUCUUUGAAGCUGAAGAGAGAAUUCGAAGAAGGCAGGCAUAUGAUUAUGAUUCAGAUGAAGAGGAAGAUGUUGGCCAAGACAUUGUGACUGGCCAAGAUCUGGAAGAUAUGUGGGAACAGAAGCUCAGACAGUUCAAAUCUGCUGAUAGAGUACAAGAAGCUGACAAGAAGAAUGAUAGAUCAACAUUGAACAGGCGAUUGGAUGAAAAGCUGCUACUGUUAAUAAAAGAAAAAGUGGCAGAUGAAGAGAUCUGGUUGUUGCCACAGAGCUAUUGGAAGCCAGGGGAAACCAUGAGGCAGACUGCUGAACGCACCUUGUCUACUCUGUCUGGAAAUGAAUUGCAAGCUGUUUUUCUGGGCAAUGCUCCAUCCGGUUUCUAUAAAUACAAGUAUCCCAAGGCUGUGCGAACUUCCAGUAGCAUUGGAGCCAAAGUAUUUUUCUUCAAAGCCUUGCUGAUAAAUGGAGAUCUUAAGACGAGAAAGAAAGAAGACCAUGUGUGGGUAACCAAGAGUGAGCUGAAGGACUACCUCAAACCAAAUUACUUGAAGCAAGUUCAUCGCUUCAUCUUUGAUAGCUCGACAAUAAAUGUGUAGAAUUAUGUUAUUUUGUUAAAAUAGAAUCAUUGUGAACAUUAAAUUAUAAAUCAAAUCUUGUGUGUCACUGUUUCUAUUGUACUUUGGAUAGCUCUUGGGUCUUUAAUGUUAGUUCUUUCAGUUUCAAAAACUUGACUGGGAAUGUCCCAUGUUCAAACCCACCUAACACUUGGUCCAUUUUAUUUAUACAUUUUUUUUGGAAUACGUUCAUCACAGGCAAAACCAGCAUUUACUAUCCAUCCCCAAUCACCCUGGCGUCUAAGGCAUUUCAGGGUCAACAACAUUGUUGAGAGUCAGGAGCCGUGUGUAGGCCAGACCAGGUAAAAUUACCAGAGUGGCAUUAGUGAACCAGGUGGAUUUUUAAUGGCAAUCAGUGGUUUAGUAGAUAUUAUUAUUAAUGACUGUUCCAGAUUAUUAACAAUUAAGUUCCACAACUGUUAUGGUAGGAAUUGAAGUCUAGUCUCUGGAUUGCUAAUCUGGUAAUUUAACCACUGUACCCUUGUACUCUGUGGUACUCUGUGUAUUUGCACAUAUGGAAAUCAGUGUGAGAACAGGAUUGAAUUUGACUGUAGCAUCCUGAGAGUCAAAAACAAAACAAACUUGCUGCUAAGCCACUUGAAGAUUUGUUGCUGACUGUUAAACUGUGUCCCAGUAAGGAACUGACAAUUUUGGGAAUAUGGGUAUAAACUCUGAGUGGGAGAAUCUCAAAUCUAGGGCAUUGUUUGCUUUCAUCAGUUUAUCCCCCAGUUCACACUAUCAGGGAGCACUGUUCCAUUAUCAAUCAUUGUCUGUUACCAGCCACCAGGUAGUAAAAUGAGAAGCCUUUGGACCAAUUACAAAUGAAAGCCAAUUUUAAGCCACAUAUUGCCUAACUAUUGUAUUUGUUAAAUGUUUAUCAAUGACAAUGAAUUUUGGCUUGGAAGAUGCAAAUUAGCUUAUUAUUUCUAGAUCUCGCUCAACUUCAGUGUACUGUCGCUGUGUGCCCAGAUCUUGUAGCUGUACUUCAUAGGCUUCUGUUGUAAGUUACUUUAGUUCAUGGCAUUUUCCCUUUAACUUUGCUUUGUUUGAAGAUUCAUUCAACAUCAUUCAUGCUAUAUAGUAACAUUAAUUAUGUAUUAAAUAAUUGCACGCAUCUUGCAUUCUGUUUCAAGUCUCCAAAACAUUUCCCUGUCACAUUUUGUUGCUUGGUGCAAUGUUAGACAGUUGCAAAGUGUAAAUAACCUGGGCAUGAUUGAAACAAAUAAAAACUGAGCAGCAAUUAAUAAGGGGAACCUUUGAUUAAAUUGUCCCAGAAACUUGCUAGUCCUUUCUGCUAUUUUUCCUUCAUGUUCUAGACAAAAUAAUGUUAAAAUGCAGGUAUUUUGCAGAUCAGGUUGAAUUUACCAAUUGAAUUGUUUUAGCUGAUUUGUAAUAUUUUUCACUAAUGUUUUAACACUGGUCUGACUUGAGGCAGGUUUUUUUUCUUGCCUAUUGAAGCAGUUGUGAAUAUUUCCUGCUACAAUUUGUAGUUGUCUCAUUUUCCUAGCUUACGUAACAUGGUCAUGGAGCUGAGGUCUCUUUAUUUUGUAGUAAAUGUUAGUGUUGUGAUUGUUCAGAGUUUGAAUUCUCAGAACUAUGUUUCAGAAGAUUUUCUUCAUUAGAACUGUUGACUGUUCUUCCACUACAUGUUGCUAACAUUCUCGAUUUCUCAGUCAAACAGCAUUUGUCAUCGCUACCUUUUCCUGAUCUUUUGAAAGUGAAAAGCUGGAUUACUGAGCCUACAUCUCUGUCUCUGUGAACAGUCAAAAUAUUUUGAUUUGAUCUUCUCUCCAAAGAAGGAAAGAUUGAAUCUAAAUUAUUGGUUUCUCCUGAUUUGCUACUACAUAAUGGCAGUCAGAACAAAACCUUCCAUCUCCUUUGUUUCUAAUUCUCGUGCAAAAAUCACUUCUGCUUUAUUAGGGAACUGAUUUAUAUUAAAUAUAAAAGUAAUUAAAUAGAUUUGAAUUAAGAACAGGAGUGGGGCUUUCAAAUCUGUUUAAUCAAAUCAUUUAAUAAGAUCAAAGCUGAUCUGAUUAUAACUCAACUCCACAUUCCCUCUACCCAUGGUAUUCUUUCACCCUCCUGCUCUUUGAGAAUCCAUGUCCCUCUACUGUAAAACUAUUCAAAGACUCUGCUUCCAAUACUCCUUACAGCAGAGUGUUCCAAAGACUCGCUGUCAUGAAAAAAAUUCUCUUAAAUUACUCAUUCAUUUUUAAGAAGAAAUUCCAGUUAUUGGAUUUCCUCACAAGGAAACAUCCAAUCCACUUCCACCACGUCAAGCCCCCUCUCAAUCUUUUUCUUUCGAAAGAUCAUCUCUCAUUUUUCUCAGUUCCAGUGACUAACCUAUCCAAUUUUUCCUUCUCAGGCGACUCGCCCAUUCCAGCUAUUGAUCUUGUAAACCUACUCUGAAACUUCCCUAAUUACUUGCUUAUUAGCUUUUUGCGAGUCAUGCAGUCUCUCAUCAUUUAGAUUCUGUUUUUGUAUUUUUCCUGUCAAAGGGGACAAUCUCAUGUUUUCCACAGUAAACUCCAUUUGCCAGAUCUUUGGCUACUCAUUAAUCUAUUUUAUAUAGCCUCUUACUUUCCUACCUACCUUUGUGUCGGAAAAUUAUUCAACUAUACUUUUGGUGCUUUCAUCCAAGUCAUUUAUAUCAAUUGUGAAAAGUUGAGGCCCCAACACUGAUCCCUGUUACACACCAUCCAUUACAUCUUGCCAACCAGAAAACGAUUGUUUCCUGUGGGCAGCUAGUCUUCCAUUUGCACCAAAAUAUUACAGCCUCCUCCAUGAACUUUUUAAAAUAAUCUUCGAUGUAGCAUCAUAUCAAAUGCCUCUGGAAAUUGGUUGGUAUACCAAUACCAAAUGCAAGUAUAGUACAUCCACUGGUUUCCCUUUUAUGCAUGGUAAUUUUUACAAUAAAUUGGUCAAACUUGAUGUCCCUGUCACAAAAUCAUGUUGACUUGUCUAAUUACCUUGAAUUUUUCUAAACACCCUACCAUUAUAUCUUGAAUCAUAGCUUUUACCAAUAAAAACUGUUAAUCUAA